AUGUUAUUAAUACUAGCCCUUCUCGGAGUGACCUUUUUUUUGGCCUAUAGUUUUUACCACAAUACCUAUACCUACUGGGCCCGAAAGGGGGUCCCCUAUGAGCCCCCUUUGCCACUAAUUGGCAACAUGCUGGGCUUGGGUACUAAAUAUAAUUUACGGGACGUCAACCAAAGGAUCUACAACAAAUUUAAGGGAAAGACCCCCUUGGCCGGAAUGUUCUUGUUCUUCAAGCGAACUGCCUUAAUAAUCGAUCCGAAUCUUAUCAAAGAAAUUCUUAUUAAGGACUUCCAUCACUUUCAAGAUCGGGGCGUUUUCAACAAUGUUCGUGAUGAUCCUUUGACGGGCCAUUUACUCACAUUGGAGGGUCAAGAGUGGCGAUCGAUGAGGCAAAAGCUUACUCCUGUUUUCAGCUCUGGAAAAAUCAAGCAAAUGUCAGGUGUGGUUGUAGAGGUGGGUCGCCACCUGACGGAUGCCAUGGAUAAGUCAGUGAGUGCCGCCAAGGUGGACGAUGGGGACGUGGAAAUAAAGGACCUCUGUGCCCGUUUCACAACGGAUGUCAUUGGUUCAUGUGCCUUUGGGCUGGAAUGCUAUAGUCUCAAAGAUCCCAAUUCCGAGUUUCGUACCAAAGGAGCUAUGAUGUUCACUAGACCGCGUCACUCAAUGUUGGUGCAAGCGUUCAUCUUCACCAAUACCAAAUUGGCCAAAAAAUUGCGAAUGAAGGUAUUACCUGAUGAUCUCACCAAUUUUUUCAUGGCAGCAGUGAAAAACACCGUAGAAUAUCGCCUAAAAAGUGGAGUAAAGCGGAACGAUUUUAUAGAUCAGUUAAUAGAGCUCCGUGCCGAAAACGAAGAGGCGGCCAAUAAAGGUAAGGGUAUUGACCUAUCAAAGGGUCUGACCCUCGAGCAAAUGGCAGCCCAAUCAUUUGUAUUUUUCAUCGCUGGAUUCGAGACCUCGUCGAGUACGAUGGCUUUCUGUUUAUACGAACUAGCUUUAAAUCAGGAUAUUCAGGAUCAAGUCAGAGAGGAGAUUGAGAGUGUUCUUGAAGGAGAAGAGAUAUCGUACGACACCCUAGCCAAAAUGACAUAUUUAGAACAGGUGGUGGCUGAAACACUGAGGAAACAUCCUGUUCUUUCACAAAUUAUUCGUGAAUGCAAUCAGAGCUACAAGGUUCCCAAUACAGAUAUUGUCAUUGAGAAGGGAACUUCUGCCCUGAUACCUGUGCACAACAUUCACCACGAUGCUGACAUAUAUCCGGAUCCCGAACGCUUUGAUCCCAGCCGUUUCGAGCUGGAAGAAGUCAACUCCCGUCAUCCAUUUUCCUAUCUGCCGUUUGGAGACGGGCCCCGCAAUUGCAUCGGUAUGCGCUUUGGAAAAAUGCAGGCCAAGAUUGGCCUGGUAUCUUUGCUGCGUCGCUUUAGGUUCGACAUUUCUAAGAAAACAGAAGUCCCCCUGAUUUUGGAUACUCGAAGUCCCACUUUGUCCACCAAGCAUGGAAUUCACCUGAAAGUGGAACGUAUCUAA